AUGGCUCUAAAUGAUUGUUUGCCUCUGAACUUGGAAGUGGACCAUUUUGUACACUGCAACGUCUCCAAUCACAGUGUGGAUCUCCCCACGAACGACGACUGGUUCCACCCAGGGAUCCUCUAUGUCAUCCCUGCAAUUUAUGGGGUCAUCAUUCUGAUAGGCCUCAUUGGCAACAUCACCCUGAUCAAGAUCUUCUGUACCGUGAAGUCCAUGCGAAAUGUGCCGAAUCUGUUCAUCUCCAGUCUGGCUUUGGGAGACUUGCUCCUCCUGGUAACGUGUGCUCCCGUGGAUGCCAGCAGGUACCUGGCAGACAGAUGGCUGUUUGGCAGGAUUGGCUGCAAACUGAUCCCCUUUAUACAGCUUACCUCCGUGGGGGUGUCUGUCUUCACACUCACGGCUCUCUCGGCAGACAGGUACAAAGCCAUCGUCCGGCCAAUGGAUAUCCAAGCCUCUCAUGCCUUGAUGAAGAUCUGCCUGAAAGCAGCACUGAUCUGGGUCAUCUCCAUGCUUCUGGCCAUCCCAGAGGCUGUGUUUUCUGAUCUACAUCCCUUCCACGAGGAAAGCACCAACCAGACCUUCAUUAGCUGUGCCCCGUACCCACACUCUAAUGAGCUGCACCCCAAAAUCCACUCCAUGGCUUCCUUCCUGGUCUUCUACAUCAUCCCACUGUCGAUCAUCUCUGUCUACUACUACUUCAUUGCCAAAAAUCUGGUCCAGAGUGCUUACAAUCUACCCAUGGAAGGGAAUAUACACAUCAAGAAGCAGAUUGAAUCCCGGAAGCGCCUUGCCAAGACAGUGCUGGUGUUCGUGGGCCUCUUUGCCUUCUGCUGGCUCCCCAACCACGUCAUCUACCUGUACCGCUCCUACCACUACUCCGAGGUGGACACCUCCCUGCUCCACUUCGUCACCAGUAUCUGUGCCCGCCUCUUGGCCUUCACCAACUCCUGUGUGAACCCUUUUGCCCUUUACCUGCUGAGCAAGAGUUUUAGAAAACAGUUCAACACCCAGCUCCUCUGUUGCCGGCCUGGCCUAAUAACCCGGUCUCAUAGCACUGGCAGAAGUACCACCUGCAUGACCUCCUUCAAAAGUACCAACCCCUCUGUGGCCACCUUCAGCCUCAUCAACGGAAACAUCUGUCAUGAGGGGUACGUCUAGACUG